CUUUUCUUAGCAAAACGUUGUGUGUAUAUUUAAAAGACCCCUACACCAACUUUAAUUGACGUGGUUGCUUUAAUUAAUAUGCAUUGUGGAUAGUCGCUAGAUAUAUAACAUUGGAAAAUUUACAGAUCCUUGAGUUUGAUGUGUCAUAGUGCUAGUUUUACAUAUAGACUUGACGCUGCUGCUUGCUUGCUAUAAGCCACGUAUCUCACCGUAAUCUCCUUGACCAAGUGGUCACGAAGGACUGUUUUUGAAGAAGAACUAACUUUACAGUCAACAUGGUUUUGGCGGAUCUUGGAAGAAAAAUCACAACCGCUCUCCGGUCGCUUAGUAAUGCGACGGUCAUUAACGAAGAUGUGUUGAAUUCUAUGCUGAGUGAAAUCUGUAGGGCAUUGCUUGAAGCAGAUGUGAAUAUCAAGCAAGUCAAAAAACUUAGGGAAAAUGUGAGAUCGGUCAUCGAUUUUGAUGAGAUGGCUGCCGGUUUGAACAAAAGAAGAAUGAUCCAGUCAGCUGUCUUCAAAGAACUUGUAAAAUUGGUUGAUCCGGGAGUGAAAGCAUGGACACCAGUGAAAGGCAAACCUAAUGUUAUCAUGUUUGUUGGUUUACAAGGUAGUGGAAAGACAACAACAUGUACAAAGCUUGCUUACCAUUACCAGAAGAAAGGAUGGAAGACGUGUCUCAUAUGUGCAGACACAUUCAGAGCAGGUGCCUUUGAUCAAUUAAAACAGAACGCCACAAAAGCCAGAAUACCCUUUUAUGGCAGUUAUACAGAAAUGGACCCAGUGGUUAUUGCAGCUGAAGGCGUAGACAAGUUUAAGAAAGAAAACUUUGAGAUUAUAAUAGUAGAUACUAGUGGUAGACACAAACAAGAAGAUUCUCUAUUUGAGGAAAUGUUACAAGUAUCAAAUGUUACAAGCCCAGACAAUGUAAUAUACGUCAUGGAUGCCACGAUUGGUCAAGCUUGUGAAUCACAGGCCAGGGCGUUUAAGGAGAAAGUAGAUGUGGCGUCAGUUAUCAUCACCAAAUUAGAUGGUCAUGCCAAGGGAGGUGGUGCCCUUAGUGCUGUUGCUGCAACCAAAAGUCCCAUCAUCUUCAUCGGUACUGGAGAACAUAUUGAUGAUUUUGAACAAUUUAAAACCAAACCUUUUGUCAGCAAACUGCUUGGCAUGGGUGACAUUGAAGGUUUGAUUGACAAGGUCAGUGAACUCAACCUAGAUGACAAUGAAGAACUUAUUAACAAACUCAAACACGGUAAGAAAAGAGUCCAGUGUGAUGACAAUGCAAUCUUUCAUCUCCAGAGCAUGAUUCCUGGAUUUGGGUCGGAUUUUCUGAGUAAAGGAAAUGAACAAGAGUCCAUGGCAAGGUUGAAAAGAUUGAUGACAAUAAUGGACAGUAUGAAUGAUGAAGAACUUGAUAGCAGAGAGGGUGCUAAAUUAUUCACCCGUAGCCAAGGAAGGAUACAGAGGGUUGCCAGGGGAGCAGGUGUCUCUGUCAGAGAGGUACAAGAACUAUUGUCACAAUAUCAGAAAUUUGCUGCUAUGGUGAAAAAGAUGGGUGGCAUCAAAGGAUUAUUCAAAGGUGGUGACAUGAUGAAAAAUGUAAACCCAUCACAAAUGAUGAAACUAAAUCAACAGAUGGCAAAGAUGAUGGACCCAAGGAUAUUACAUCAAAUGGGUGGUAUUGGUGGACUUCAAAACAUGAUGAAGCAGUUCCAGGGUGGGGGAGGACCAGGAGGUCUUGGAGGCAUGAUGGGUGGUAUGGGAGGAGGUGGUGGUCCCAGCAAAUAACAUUACAACCUUGUGUUUUUAAAGCGGCAAUAGCUGUGAUUAAAAUAUAUGCAUUGAGAUGACCAAAUCUCAACAAAAUAUUGUUUUUACACACAAUUACAUGGACAAAAAUCUACUCUAGCCUAUAUCACAUAAAAUUCAAUGUGAAAACUAACGGUCGAGUAGUCGCCAUCGUUGAAUUCAUUCACCGGAUGGGGAUCGUAGAAAAUUAUGAUGCAUUCUAUUAUAUGAAGUGAAACAUAAAAUCAUCAGUAAGAAAGUGCAUCAGUGGCUUCGCCUCUGAGGAUGGUGACAUAUUUGAUAUGAAUUUGUAAGUUGUAUUGGAAUCUCUGAGGUUCACUUGACAAAGCUGGAUUUCAAUAAAUGCCGCCCUCUGGAGACGUAGACGAAACAUGGACGUGGACAUCUUCUUUCACUUGUAAGAGAUUUAAUGUACAGCCAUGAUAUAUAGUGUACAUGCCAUUCAGUGUCCACAUAUCAGCGAUGACCAUUACAAAUUGGUACUAUUAAAACUAAUUUAUUGAUAAUAAAAUCUGAGAAAAAAUGGAUAGUUACAGCUAUUGCCGCUUCAACUGAAAUGUCAAACAACCUCUAAUGGGUGAAGACAAUUUCAACUGACCAUCUAUUGCUCCUUUGAAAAAAACAGGAAUGCAUUGUUCAUUACUGACUUGCCAUAUGGUUUAUAUCAUAUUUAUCUAUCCUGUCUGGCAGAACACAUUUUUUUACCUCAACAGGCUUCAACUAUUUACUGAACACCAGAAACUUGGUCAGCGUGUUUAUUAAACCUGCGUGGAUGAGAGAGAAAUUGAAAUAAAAUUCACAAAUUGAGAUUUUAUCAUAGUUGUUCAUUCCAAGGAAGUGCAAUAUUUGAAUGGUGUGUACUGGGUACUCUUAGAGGUACAGGUCAUUUUAAACUGCCUGCCUAAAAGCAUGUGUGCACAUAAAUGUUAGGUAAUUACUUCAGUAAGUCACUGUCACAACAGCAACUGUUGAUUUUUUUCAUUUGUGAUGUGAAGAGGGGAUCAAAUAUUUGUAUGCCAUAAUUGUAACAUGAUAAAACCCAUAUCUUCCCACCUUGCAAUAAAACAUAAAUAUUUGCAGAUGUCUUACU